GCGUCUGGCGGCCGCCCUGCGGAGGCGGGGCCGGCCGGGCCUGGGUGCCGCGUGGCGGGCGCGGCUCUGGGGAUCCUGGCGACUUGAGCGGGGUACCUGGUUGCUCCUGCAUAGCCGGUGCCAGCUGCGAGGGCUGUGGGCGGGGCCUCCGUCCAGCAUGAGCGUGGGCUUUAUCGGGGCGGGCCAGCUGGCCUUCGCCUUGGCCAAGGGCUUCACGGCAGCAGGGAUCCUGGCUGCCCACAAGAUAAUGGCCAGCUCCCCGGACAUGGACCUGGCCACGGUUUCUGCCCUCAGGAAGAUGGGCGUGAACCUGACACCGCACAACAAGGAGACCGUGCGGCACAGCGACGUGCUCUUCCUGGCCGUGAAGCCGCACAUCAUCCCCUUUAUCCUGGACGAGAUUGGUGCCGACAUUGAAGAUCGGCACAUCGUGGUGUCCUGCGCGGCUGGGGUCACCAUCAGCUCCAUUGAGAAGAAGCUGACGGCGUUCCAGCCGGCCCCCAAGGUCAUCCGCUGCAUGACCAAUACACCCGUGGUGGUGCGGGAGGGGGCCACUGUGUACGCCACGGGCACCCACGCCCAGGUGGAGGACGGCAGGCUCCUGGAGCAGCUCAUGAGCAGCGUGGGCUUCUGCACAGAAGUGGAGGAGGACCUGAUCGAUGCCGUCACGGGGCUCAGUGGCAGUGGCCCAGCCUAUGCAUUCACAGCCCUGGAGGCCCUGGCCGAUGGGGGCGUGAAGAUGGGGCUCCCUCGGCGCCUGGCCAUCCGCCUCGGGGCCCAAGCCCUGCUGGGAGCCUCCAAGAUGCUCCUGGACUCGGAAAAGCACCCAGGCCAGCUCAAGGACAACGUGUGCUCUCCCGGCGGGGCCACCAUCCACGCCUUGCACGUGCUGGAGAGCGGGGGUUUCCGCUCACUGCUCAUCAAUGCUGUGGAGGCGUCCUGCAUCCGCACACGGGAGCUGCAGUCCAUGGCUGACCGGGAGAAGGCUCUCGGAGGCGGCCUUGAACACAUCUCAGUUUGCAUCCUGGACAAGACCGUCGGGUCCUCUGCGAACCAGGCCACGGCUGGCUACCUGGCACGGCUGAGGUCGACUCGCAAUCAGGGGAAGUCAUGCCUGCAAGUGCCCGCCAGCCAGCAUGGGAAGCACCGCGAGCACACUCCCGACGAUGCCCGGGGGACCUCAGGUGGCUCGGCCUGUUGGGGGCGUGGAGCCGGGAAGGAUUACCGGGGCCCCAGCUCCGGUUCGGCCCCUGACGAGGAGGAGAGGAAGCUUCUCCUCAGUCCGGCCUCAGGGCUGCUCCCUGGCUGGUACUAG